UUUGUGCGAGUGGGCGUUGUGAGAGGAUGACAAAUAGAGUCCUUUUACUACACAGAAAGUUACGUAACAAACGAAACGUGGAUUAUAUCGGGUGAACAGUCGUACACUGUGCCGUAGAGCAAGGAGCAUUGUAAGACAUUUCAUCUUGAGAUCAACGUCCAGCACGGUCCAUCACUCGGGAGCUCGCAUCCGCUCGUCAUCAUGCCGUCUUACAAACUCACCUACUUCGACAUCCGCGGCCUUGCCGAGACGGCACGCAUGCUGUUCGUGCUCGCUGGAGAGAAAUUCGAGGAUGUCCGGCUAACAUCAGAAACAUGGCCAGCAGUCAAACCAACGACACCUUACGGCCAGCUCCCCCUGCUCGAAGUGGACGGUAAAAUGCUUGCCCAGUCUAAGGCCAUCUACUACUACCUCGCAAGAGAAUUCAAGCUGUACGGUGCCGACAACUGGGAGAGUGCCGCCAUCGACAUGGUCGGCGAGCUCCUGUCUGACAUGAUGAAACAAUUCAGCUCAUACCGGUUCGAAAAAGACGAAGCAAAAAAGGCUGAAUUUAAAACGAAGUUCGACGAAGCGCUGCCUGUGGGUCUUGAGAGGCUGGAGGGGGCCCUCAAGAAGAACAAAGGAGGAGACGGUUUCUUCGUCGGUGACAAGAUCAGCUUAGCCGACAUCCAAGUCUUCAACUCAUUCGAGUAUGUCGUGCAGUAUGACGCUGCAGCGCUGGACAAGUACCCUAAGCUGAAGGCGUGGCAGGCCCGCGUGGCUGCUAGCGAGAAACUGGCGCCCUACUUGGCCAAGCGCAAAGUCACUGAAAUGGCGAGAGAGCUGGUCCAUCUAAUUUUGUUUCUAGUGCAAUUUUUGAGAAUCGCCACAAUCACGAUGCCUUCUUACAAACUCACCUACUUCGACCUUCGUGGCCGCGCAGAGCCAAUCAGAAUGCUCUUCACAGUUGCCGGGGUCCCGUUUGAGGAUGUGCGGGUACAGUCGGCGGACUGGCCUGCCAUGAAAGCGAAGACACCAUUCGGCCAAAUGCCAAUGUUGGAGACCGAUGGCAAAGUACUACCCCAGACCAGAGCAAUUUUGUACUAUGUUGCAAGAGAGUUGAAGCUGUACGGUGCCAGUAACUGGGAGAGCGCCCUCAUCGACGUAGUCGGAGAGCUCAUGUUUGACCUCAAGAAGCCUUUUGCGGAAACAAUCUUGUUUGAGAAAGACGAAGCCGUCAAGGCUGCAAACGUUAAGAAGUUCAUCGGUGAGACAUCGCCCCCAAUACUGGCCAAACUCGAGGAACAACUAAAGAAGAACAAAGGAGGAGAUGGAUUCUUUGUCGGUGACAAGAUCUCUCUGGCAGACGUCAUGUUCUUCGCGGACAUCGAUUGGAUGCCUUUCAAGGACGAGCCGAACUUCGUGGCCAAGUACCCAAAGCUGAAGGCACUACGUGCCCGACUAGCUGCCGACAAAAAAAUGGCGGCUUACUUGGCGAAGCGUAAACAAACACCUUUUUGAACUUUGCAUUGAGUCUG